AUGGAAUCGCAGCCGAAGAAGCGACCACUACAGAGCAGCAACAAUGCAAACAUCCCAACCGCCACCGCAGGCAAUGGCAACGGCAAAACCAUUGAAGAAAUGUAUCAGAAGAAGACGCAGCUGGAGCACAUUCUUCUCCGCCCUGACACCUACGUCGGAUCCAUAGAGAAGCACACACAGUCCCUAUGGGUUUACAGCGAGAACAAUGAGAUGGUACACCGAUCCAUCACCUACGUCCCUGGCCUCUACAAGAUCUUCGACGAGAUCCUCGUUAACGCUGCAGAUAACAAGCAGAGAGAUCCGUCCAUGAACUCCGUUAAGGUUACAAUUGACGCCGAGGAGAAUCUCAUAACGGUUUUUAAUAACGGAGAUGGAGUUCCCGUUGAGAUCCAUCAAGAGGAGAAGGUAUAUGUGCCAGAGCUUAUCUUUGGACACUUGCUGACGAGUAGCAACUACGACGAUAACGUGAAGAAGACCACCGGCGGAAGGAACGGUUAUGGCGCCAAGUUGACGAACAUCUUCUCGACGCAAUUCAUAAUCGAGACUGCUGAUGGAAAGCGACAGAAGAAGUACAAGCAGGUGUUCUCGGAAAAUAUGGGGAAGAAAUCAGAGCCAUCAAUAACGAAGUGCAAAGUAGGUGAGAAUUGGACCAAGGUUUCAUUUAAACCUGAUUUGGAUAAGUUCAAGAUGAGCUAUUUGGAAGAGGAUGUUGUUGCUUUGAUGAAGAAGAGGGUGGUUGACUUGGCUGGGUGCCUUGGGAAAACCGUCAAGGUUGAACUCAAUGGCCAAUUGAUUCGUAUAAAGUCCUUUCGUGAAUAUGCUGAUCUCUAUCUGAAGUCCGCUGAGAAAAACCGACCAGUUCCCCUUCCAAGGAUUCACGCAAAAGUGGGUGAUAGGUGGGAGAUUUGUGUAAGUCUAAGCGAUGGACAGUUUCAACAGGUCAGCUUUGUGAAUUCAAUUGCUACAAUCAAGGGUGGUACUCACGUUGAUUAUGUUACUAAUCAGAUCACAAGCUAUGUGAUGAAUAAAGUGAAUAAGAAAAAAAAGGAUGCCAAUGUUAAGGCGCACAAUGUCAAGAAUCAUUUAUGGGUUUUUGUCAAUGCUCUCAUUGACAAUCCUGCCUUUGAUUCCCAAACUAAAGAAACUCUUACAACUCGUCAAAAUAGUUUUGGUUCAAAAUGUGAUAUCCCAGAAUCAAUGCUGAAAGAAGUUACAAAUUCUGGGAUAAUGGAUAUCCUCCUAUCAUGGGCUGAUUUUAAACAAAGCAAAGAUUUGAAGAGAUCUGAUGGAACAAAGACUCAAAGAGUUCGUGGGAUCGUAAAGCUAGAGGAUGCUAAUGAUGCAGGAGGAAAGAGCUCAGAUAAGUGCACCUUGAUAUUGACAGAGGGUGAUUCUGCUAAGGCCCUUGCGAUGGCCGGGCUCUCUGUAGUUGGCCGAGAUCAUUAUGGCGUGUUUCCUUUGAGAGGCAAAUUACUCAAUGUGCGGGAAGCCAGCAGCAAACAGAUACUUGAAAAUGAAGAAAUUCAAAAUAUCAAAAAAAUUCUUGGACUGCAGCAAAACAAGGAGUAUACCAACGUCAAGUCUUUAAGAUACGGUCAUUUGAUGAUAAUGGCUGAUCAGGAUUUUGAUGGUUCGCACAUCAAAGGGUUACUAAUAAACUUCAUUCAUUCAUUUUGGCCGUCACUACUAAAAGUUCCUACAUUCAUGGUUGAAUUUACUACUCCUAUAAUAAGGGCUACUCACUCAAACGGGACCAAAUUAUCAUUUUAUUCGAUGCCUGAUUAUGAGUCCUGGAGAGAAAGUUUGGGAAACAGUGCAAGUGGUUGGAAGAUAAAAUAUUACAAGGGUCUGGGUACAAGCACUCCUCAAGAAGGUAGAGAGUACUUUCGAGAUCUUGAAAAACACAGGAAGGACUUUGUUUGGGAAGAUGACUAUGAUGGGGACGCAAUUGAGCUGGCAUUUAGUAAGAAGAAAGCUGAAGAUAGAAAGACAUGGAUUCGUAACUUUGAGCCUGGCACUUGCCGUGAUCAUAGGGCAAAGCAUAUAAGUUACAGAGACUUUGUUGACAAAGAGCUAAUACUCUUCUCCAGGGCAGAUCUCCAAAGGUCCAUUCCCUCGAUGAUUGAUGGCCUCAAGCCCAGUCAACGGAAGAUUCUUUUUUGCUCAUUUAAAAAGAAGUUGACGAAAGAAAUAAAAGUAGCCCAGUUCAUUGGUUAUGUGUCUGAGCAGUCAGCAUACCACCAUGGAGAGCAAAGUCUUGCUAGCACCAUCAUCGGAAUGGCACAGGAUUUUGUUGGCAGCAACAACAUUAACCUUCUUAAACCAAAUGGUCAAUUUGGUACACGUAACUUGGGUGGUAAAGAUCAUGCAAGUGCUAGGUACAUCUACACAGAACUAAAUCCUAUUACUCGGCGCCUCUUCCCCGAAGAUGAUGAUAACCUUGUUGACUACUUGAACGAGGAUGGGAAGUCAAUUGAACCGAAUUGGUAUAUACCUGUUAUACCAUUGGUUCUCGUAAAUGGAAGUGAGGGUAUUGGGGUUGGCUGGAGUUCUUACAUUCCUAAUUAUAAUCCAAGAGAGAUUAUUGCCAAUGUUAGGCGUAUGAUGAAUGGUGAGACGAUGAUUCCAAUGGAUCCAUGGUAUAGAGGAUACAAAGGAACCAUUGAGAAAAGUGCCAAGGAAGGUGGGUACAUAGUCAAUGGCAUGGUGGAGGAAAUAAAUGAGCAGACUUUCAGGAUCACAGAGCUGCCUAUCCGUAAGUGGACUCAGGAUUAUAAACAGUUCCUUGAAUCUCUAACUGAUGGGUCACCUACUGUAAAGGAUCCUCUCAUUGAGGAUUUCAGGCAGAAUGGUGAUGAUGCUACCAUUGACAUAGAAGUCCGAAUGAAGCUGGAAAAAGUACCAAUGGUCAUGCAAGAGGGGUUGCUGAAGAAAUUUAAAUUGUCCAGUUCUAUUAGCACAAGCAACAUGCAUCUUUUUGAUGCAGAAGGGAAGAUUAAGAAAUAUGACAACCCAGAACAAAUUCUUGAAGAAUUCUUUCCUCUUAGGCUGGAGUAUUAUGUGAGAAGGAAGAAAUAUAAACUGGAUAAUCUUGAACGAGUUUUGUUGACACUGGAUAACAAAGUGAGGUUUAUAUUAGGGGUUGUGAAUGGAGAGAUUAUUGUGAGCAAUAGGAGAAAAGCUGAUUUGUUGAUAGAGCUGAAGCAGAAGGGUUUCACUCCCAUGCCAAGGAAAGGUAAAUCUGCAGAACCACAAGUUGCUGGGGACAAUGAUGACAAUCCCGAAGAGCAGGAAACUGAGUCUGUCAAUGUUGAAGGAGCAAGAGUUGGCGACUAUGAAUAUUUACUAUCCAUGCCAAUUGGAACUUUAACACUCGAAAGUGUUCAGAAGCUACUAGCAGAAAAAGAUGAAAAGGAGAAGGAGUAUGAGAUUUUGAAGGCAACACCACCAAAGUCCAUGUGGAUGGAGGAUCUGGAUCAGCUCGAGAAGAAACUGGAUGAACUGGAGACCAAAGAAGCAGAGGAAGAACGAAAGAGAUCGAGUCAAGCAAACAAAAAGACAUCUACUCGUGCUGUUACCACAAAAGCAUCUAAGAAACCACGGCAGAAGAAUAUUAAGAAGGCCAACGUUAUUGAGGAGGAAGCCGAAGACAUAUCGAAUUCCUCAAUGGAAAGAGAGAAUGCUCCUGAGGUCGCUAAACCGAAAGGCAGGGUUGGUUCCAAAAAAGAGCCUAUAAAAAUGGUUGAUGAAGAAAUUCAGUCUCUUCAAGAACGCCUUGCUGCAUAUAACUUUGCAGCAUCUGCAGCCAUGCAAUUUGAGCAAUCAGCUGAUGAUAAUGUUGCGAAGAAAGAGUACAACAAAAGGGGUGGCGCCAAAAAGAAGGCAUCGCCUAACUUAGUGUUGGACAUUUCCGGCAGUGACAAUGAUGAGAAUGAUGAUGGAGACUUCGAAAGACACCAGCCGGCCGCUCCGGAAGCAGUGAAAAAGAAGGGUGGGAGAAAACCUGCUGCCCAGAAUGCGAAGAAGCCUCCUGCAACCAUCCGGAAGAGAGGUGCAAGCAAAAAGGAAUCUGAGUUACUUGGACAGAAAUUCAUAACUGAUAUGUUGAAGCCAGCCGAAAGUUCAGGGAAUUCUUCGCCGGAGAAGAAGGUGAGGAAGAUGAGGGAGUCUCCAUUCAACAAGAAGAGUGGUUCUGUGCUAAGUAGGGUUGCGCAAAAAGAAGGAACUGGCAGUGGGGAAAUGUCUUUUGGUUCUGCUUCUUCAGCCUCAGCGAGCAUUAUGGAGGAAGUGAUUGAGGCAGCGCCAUCUGCAGUAAGAAAUAGACCUCAGCGAGCUAAUAGGACGCAAGCCAAAUACGUGAUGAGCGAAUCCGAAAGUGACAACGAUGAUGAUGAUGAUGCUAACGCAACCGAUGAUUCUGACUUCAACGAGGAUGAAUAAUCUAUCCAUCUAAAACUAUAUAUGCCCACUGAUCUGUGACUCGCGGAUCCGUACCUUGACGUGGCAUGGUUAAUUCACUUUCCAGAAGUUUAUAGUUUGCAAAAGUUAAUCAAAACAG